GCUCGCACCAGGAAGAGACGCGCAGGUCGGUCACCUGCUGUGCGCGGUUUCUGCGGCACACGCGACAGCGCUGGCGCUGUUUUUGGUUACGAUGGCAGCGUUAGCCCUCGAGACGGUUAUGCUGGCGGUGUGCGUGCUCGCGCCCGCGGCACGAGCGCUGGACAACGGUCUGGCCCUCACCCCGGCGAUGGGUUGGCUGCACUGGGAGAGAUUCAUGUGCAACACGGACUGCAACGCGGAGCCCGACAACUGCAUCAGCGAGAACCUCUACAUGCAAAUGGCCGACGCCAUGGCGAAGGACGGCUGGAAGGAGGCCGGGUACGAGUACGUGUGCAUAGACGACUGCUGGCCUUCCGCGAGCCGUGACGCUCAGGGCCGUCUGCAGGCUGACCCCAAACGCUUCCCGGGAGGCAUGAAGAAGCUCGCCGACUACGUCCACUCUAGGGGUUUGAAGUUGGGGAUAUACGCAGAUGUUGGCACCAAGACCUGCGCCGGUUACCCCGGCAGCUUUGGUUACUACGACCUGGAUGCCAAGACCUUCGCCGAUUGGGGAGUUGACCUGCUCAAGUUCGACGGGUGCAACAUGCCGAAGUGGACCUUACUGGCUGAAGGCUACAUAAACAUGUCGAAGGCCUUGAACAAUACAGGGAGGAGUAUUUUCUACUCUUGUGAGUGGCCGCUGUACGAGUGGCAGUACACACAGCCCAACUACACCGCCAUUCGCCAGUACUGUAACCACUGGCGGAACUACGCCGACGUGUACGACGCGUGGACCAGCGUGACGGGCAUACUGGACUGGACAGCCGAGCACCAAGACCUCAUCGUGCCAGCAGCCGGACCUGGAGGCUGGAACGAUCCAGACAUGCUGGUCUUGGGGAACUUUGGGCUCAGUCUGGACCAACAGAUGACCCAGAUGGCCCUGUGGGCGAUCAUGGCUGCUCCCCUGCUCAUGUCAAAUGACCUGCGGAACAUCGACCCGAAAUCCAAAGCACUGUUGCAAAACCGCGAUGUCAUUGCCAUCAACCAAGACCCCCUGGGGAAGCAGGGGCGUCGCACAGCAAAGGUGAAUAACUUUGAGGUGUGGGAACGACCCCUGUCAGGCGGCAAACUCGCAGUGGCAAUCAUCAACAGGCAGGAGAUAGGCGGUCCACGCUUCUUCCCCAUCACCCUGGCCAUGCUGCCCAGCUGGAAGUUCUGCAAUCCAGAGUGUAACGUCACCCAAAUCCUGCCCUCGUACCAGGAAAUGGGAAUCCAGAAGCUGCUCAGUACAACUAACGUUCAAGUCAACCCAACUGGAACAGCUCUGCUCGUGGUCACACCGAGCACACUGGAUCCCAGACUCCAUGAAAAAUGGCUGUAUUUCCACCGCGACAACAAAGCCAACAGUAUUUUGUAACCGCAGGACAAUCGGCACUUUUAACAGACCCAGAAAGGGACAACGGAAGUGAGACAGGAAAUGAGGUCCAACUCAGGACUCAUACUGAUUUUGCACAACAAUAUUUUUAUGUGAAAUCAAUUACCUUAUGCCAGC